CCGGACCAAAUUCUUUUUGCGCCUCGGGGACUGGAUUCCACGGCGGACUUUGGGACUUGGGCGGGCGCUCGCUUGCUGCGGAGUGGCGGUGCAUGCCCUCCGUGCCGAGGUGGCCCGGGGGUCGCCUCCACCGCGUCCUCGAUGCGCUCUGCUGAGUGAGCCGCGCGCCCUCCUCCUCCUCCUCCUCCUCGCCGCACGCUCUCUUCCCUCCGGCCCGCCUUCAAAUGGCUUCGUUCCCCGAGACCGACUUCCAGAUCUGCCUGCUGUGUAAGGAGAUGUGCGGCUCGCCCGCGCCGCUCUCCUCCAGCUCGUCCGCCUCGUCGUCGUCCUCGCAGACGUCCACGUCGUCCGCGGGCGGCGGCGGCCCCGGGGCGGCGGCGCGGCGUCUGCACGUCCUGCCCUGCCUGCACGCUUUCUGCCGGCCGUGCCUCGAGGCGCACCGGCUGCCCGCUCCGGGUGGCGCCGGCCCCACCGAGGCGCUGAAGCUGCGCUGUCCCGUGUGCGACCAGAAAGUGGUCCUGGCCGAAGCGGCGGGCAUGGACGCGCUGCCGUCGUCCGCUUUCCUGCUCAGCAACCUGCUGGACGCCGUGGUGGCGACCGCCGACGAGCCGCCGCCCAAGAACGGGCGCGCGGGCGGCGGCCCCGGGGGCGCGGGCGGCCACAGCAACCACCGGCACCAUGCGCACCACCCGCCCCAGCGCGCCGCCGCUCCGGCGCCGCAGCCGCCGCCCGGCCCGGCCGCCUCUCCCGCGGCGCUCCUGCUGCGCCGACAGCACGGCUGCAGCUCGUGCGACGAGGGCAAUGCCGCCUCGUCGCGCUGCCUCGACUGCCAGGAACACCUGUGCGACAACUGUGUCCGCGCGCACCAGCGCGUGCGCCUCACUAAGGACCAUUACAUCGAGCGCGGCCCUCCCGGGCCGGCGGCCGCCUCCGCGGCGCAGCAGCUGGGGCUCGGGCCGCCCUUCGCCGGCGCGCCCUUCUCCAUCCUUUCGAUGUACCCAGAUCGUCUCGGCUUCUGCCAGCACCACGACGAAGAGGUCCUGCAUCUUUACUGCGACACCUGCUCUGUUCCCAUCUGCAGAGAGUGCACGCUGGGCCGUCAUGGGGGCCACAGCUUCGCCUACCUCCAGGACGCCCUCCAGGACUCACGGGCACUCACCAUCCAGCUGCUGGCUGAUGCCCAGCAAGGCCGCCAAGCCAUCCAGCUGAGCAUCGAGCAGGCCCAGACCGUGGCAGAACAGGUGGAGAUGAAGGCGAAGGUGGUCCAGUCGGAGGUCAAGGCUGUGACAGCCCGCCAUAAGAAAGCCCUGGAGGAGCGCGAGUGUGAGCUGUUGUGGAAGGUGGAGAAGAUACGGCAGGUGAAGGCUAAAUCUCUGUACCUGCAGGUGGAGAAGCUUCGUCAAAACCUCAACAAGCUAGAUAGCACCGUCAGUGCCGUCCAGCAGGUCCUGGAAGAGGGCCGGGCCCUGGACAUCCUGCUGGCCCGAGACCGGAUGCUGGCCCAAGUGCAAGAGCUCAAGGCCAUCCGGAGCCUCCUGCAGCCGCAGGAGGAUGACCGAGUUAUGUUCACACCCCCUGACCAGGCCUUGUACCUGGCCCUCAAGUCUUUUGGCUUUGUCAGCAGCGGAGCGUUUGCCCCGCUCACGAAGGCCACAGGAGAUGGCAUUAAGCGAGCCCUUCAGGGCAAAGUGGCCUCCUUCACCGUGAUGGGCUAUGAUCAUGAUGGCGAGCCUCGCCUCUCUGGAGGCGACCUGAUGUCAGCUGUGGUCCUGGGCCCCGAUGGCAACCUGUUUGGUGCAGAAGUGAGUGAUCAGCAGAAUGGGACUUACGUGGUGAGCUACAGGCCCCAACUUGAGGGUGAGCACCUGGUGUCGGUGACCCUGUGCAACCAGCAUAUCGAGAACAGCCCCUUCAAGGUAGUGGUCAAAUCGGGCCGCAGCUAUGUGGGCAUCGGGCUCCCCGGGCUGAGCUUCGGCAGCGAAGGGGACAGUGAAGGCAAGCUCUGCAGGCCCUGGGGCGUGAGUGUGGAUAAGGAGGGCUACAUCAUCGUGGCCGACCGCAGCAAUAACCGCAUCCAGGUGUUCAAGCCCUGCGGCUCCUUCCACCACAAAUUUGGCACCCUAGGUUCCCGGCCUGGGCAGUUUGACCGACCAGCUGGGGUGGCCUGCGAUGCCUCCCGCAGGAUCGUAGUGGCCGACAAAGACAAUCAUCGCAUUCAGAUCUUCACCUUUGAGGGCCAGUUCCUCCUCAAGUUUGGUGAGAAAGGAACCAAGAAUGGGCAGUUUAACUACCCUUGGGAUGUAGCAGUGAAUUCUGAGGGCAAGAUCCUGGUUUCAGACACCCGGAACCACCGCAUACAGCUGUUUGGGCCUGAUGGGGUCUUCCUGAAUAAGUAUGGCUUCGAGGGGUCUCUCUGGAAGCAUUUUGACUCUCCACGGGGUGUGGCUUUUAACCACGAGGGUCACCUGGUAGUCACCGAUUUCAACAACCACCGGCUUCUGGUCAUUCACCCUGAUUGUCAGUCAGCACGCUUCUUGGGCUCAGAGGGCAGCAACAAUGGACAGUUUCUCCGACCACAGGGUGUAGCCGUGGACCAGGAAGGGCGAAUCAUUGUGGCCGAUUCCAGAAAUCACCGGGUGCAGGUGUUUGAGGGCAACGGCAGCUUUCUGUGCAAGUUCGGUGCUCAAGGCAGCGGCUUCGGGCAGAUGGACCGCCCCUCAGGUAUUGCGGUCACCCCAGAUGGAUUGAUCGUCGUGGUGGACUUCGGCAACAAUCGAAUCCUCAUCUUCUAAUCCAGAAUUCUCAUCCAGAA